GCAUUCCUGUCAACCACUGAAUACAGCCAAUAGAUAUCCACGCAUUCACCGAGAUUCCCACGGUUCGACCACGCCAAGCCAAUGGAAGGGAGCAACCGGAGAAAGUCGGCACGUAAAUCGUCGGGAGGAAAAUAAUCGCUGACGUUCCAGUCGCUUGCUAUUUGUAUGGCGGCGGUACGCUACAGUUGGUGAUGGAUUUCGAAGGACCAAUUAUAACGCUCCGUGGGACAGAGCCGUAUAGAGGUAGCCAAUCAGUUGGCUAGCACCAGCUGUCUUUCAAUCCCGAUUCUGGCGGGUAGGCGGGACGUUUGCUCGGCUGUAGUUCCGUCAUCGCGCUUGUCUCCGAGGCUACAGGGGGCCAAUGUUGAUUUGGGCGAAUUCCCUUCGUUGUCGGACCCCGCCGAGGAACCAUUUUUAAAAGCUGGGUUCAGUAACGAAAGGUGGAAGGCUUUUGAUUGAUUAUACUGCCGCCCCGCCGUCGGUAUAGCUGUUUUUUUCUGGGCUGGGGGGAGAGGUGGGGAGCCGGGGGGCCUCGUUCGGAGGGGGCUGCAAGGAGGGACAGGAGAAGACUGGAUCUUCCGUGUUCAGGCCAACUGCGCCGAGGUCGGCCUGGCAGUGAAGCCCCAGCGACCGAGACACCACACCGAUAGCUCCCCGUGGAUUUAAAGUCGAUUCCGGUCGCCGGCGGAGGAUGACCGUGGAGUGAGUCCACUGCACCGUCUCUCCGUGGCACCGCAUCAGCAGCUGUAAGACUAUUAAGGGGCAAAACCUCAGAGUCUACGCUUGCUAACUAUAACAGCUGGAUUUAAGGAGCACCAUUCAGACCUAAUCGAGCUUUGACCGGCUUGCCAAGGCGUAGGGUGGCCAAAAAGCCACGGAUCGCCCGUUGACAAGUUGUCAUCAUGGGCAACGCGCCCACGGCCAGGAAGGGCAGCGAGAUGGAAAGCGUCAAGGAGUUCCUUGUUAAAGCCAAAGAGGACUUUCUUAAGAAGUGGGAGACCCCUGCACAGAACACUGCUGGCCUGGAGCAGUUUGAGAGGUUGAAAACUCUCGGCACGGGCUCAUUUGGCCGUGUGAUGCUGGUGAAACACAAAGAAACGGGACAGCAUUAUGCCAUGAAGAUCCUCAACAAGCAGAAGGUGGUGAAGCUCAAACAAAUAGAGCACACUCUGAAUGAGAAGAGGAUCCUUCAGGCUGUCAGCUUUCCUUUUCUGGUGCGACUAGAGUACUCAUUCAAGGACAACACUAACCUCUACAUGGUGAUGGAAUAUGUACCUGGUGGAGAGAUGUUCUCCCAUCUACGGAGAAUUGGCAGAUUUAGUGAACCUCAUGCUCGGUUCUACGCUGCUCAGAUCGUCCUAACCUUCGAGUAUCUGCACGCUUUGGACCUGAUCUACAGAGACCUGAAACCAGAAAACCUGCUCAUAGACCAACAGGGAUACAUACAGGUGACAGAUUUUGGCUUUGCCACGUGUAAAGGGCCGGACCUGGACACUGUGUGGCACUCCAGAAUAUCGGCCCCCGAGAUAAUUCUCAGCAAGGGGUAUAACAAGGCUGUAGACUGGUGGGCGCUGGGCGUACUGGUCUAUGAGAUGGCAGCAGGGUACCCGCCUUUCUUUGCUGACCAGCCCAUUCAGAUAUAUGAAAAGAUCGUAUCAGGGAAGGUGCGUUUCCCAUCUCACUUCAGCUCUGACCUGAAGGACCUCCUGAGGAACCUGUUACAGGUGGAUUUAACAAAACGUUACGGAAACCUCAAGAACGGCGUCAACGACAUCAAGGGACACAAAUGGUUUGCAACCACUGACUGGAUUGCGAUCUACCAGAAAAAGGUGGAAGCUCCCUUUGUCCCCAAGUUCAAAGGACCAGGCGACACCAGCAACUUUGACGACUACGAGGAGGAGGAGAUCCGUGUCUCCUUUAAUGAGAAAUGUGCCAAGGAGUUUGCGGAGUUCUAGAGUUAGAAAGGGAGAGAGGAAGAAAAAGGGAGUAGGGAGAGUAAAAGGUAAGCUGGUCAAGUGGGAGACAUAAGGAGGAAGUACUGUCUCCUGUCCAAUCACAAGCACCAGCUACAAAAAGAGGGGGGCGAAAUCGGAUAGAGAAGGGAAAAAGAGCAAGGAGACUGAUAACCAGCAGUGUUGCCUUUUCUGUUGUAUUUAAUUUAUUAUUCUGUCUUAUUUAUGGAUCCCUUUAUAAUGAAGGUGUGCUUCAGAUUCAUGGGUGUCGAGAAGCCCAGUUAUUUAGAGUUGCCUCUACGCAUUUUAACACAAGAUCUUCCCAGCUCUUCUAUUCUUUCAUUUACCAUUUAUUCACUUUUGGGCCACAUCACAGAGAAAGUCGGUUCUAUUCUCCUGCAGGUUACAUGAAGUGUGGUGCAAGUCGAGGUCUCAGUCUGCACAAAAGUUUCUUAAAUUUAAAUGAAAACCUUCUUGUUCUUUCGUUAGCAAGAUGAGCAAUUAGAGGUGCAUUAAAAGGAAUCAAUCUCAUGCACUUUUCAAUGUUUUCUAGUCUUUUUUUCCUUUUAUCUUCAAAACUCUACCGUUUCAUAUCAUACACAGCAUAUAUCGAGUCAAACUUGGCCAUAAGAAAAACAUAAAGUUGACGCAUUGCAUGCUCAGACAGGUUUCCGUCAGAUACAGGUGACACUUGUGGAUGAGUCACUAAAGUUUACUGUGUAACUCCAUCUAUACUUCUUAUCGUUAUAAGCAUAGCCAGGCUUUGUGCACUCCAUGUGGCUGAAAUGUGGCUGCCACUAUCUGUCGCUAACCAACAUGGACAUUUGAAUGGUAAUAUCUCAGUUUUAAUGGUGUAGUGACGGAACAUUAUAACAUAAUGGUAUCUCAGGUUUGAACAUAUCACUUAAUAAGACAUUUUAUCAACAGAAAGCGUUAGGAUUAGCAGGUAAAAGAAGAUGUGUGAGACACUUGCUUAUGAUUGGGAUUUGGUAAUAUACAGUUCUGGUUAGCGCUUAAAGGAACAUAAGGGAAUAUUAAGACUUUUGGUUUGAGUUUUCAACUUUUUCCUCCAAUAAGAUUUGGUUUUAAAAACGUGAUGAAUUUGUUUAAAAAUAACUCUCUGUUUCUGCUCAGAGCUUGCCUACUAGUCAAGUUGUUGCAGCAUUUUGAAUCAACCAUUAGGACCUCCCACUGAUAGAGACCGUCUGAGGCAAAUGACCUUAAAGCUGCGUCUGGAUUAUCAUUUAAUUAUGUCCGGAUAGUGUACGUAAUUUGUUUAUGUUCCACCCUAUCCUCUUAUCACUUGCUAAGGCUUACAUUUGACAGAACUCUUUUCCCUUCUCUCUGUUUACAUGCUCAAUGCUUAAUUUUGUUUUCCAUGCAAAUAUGACUCCAUUAAACAAGUCAGGAGAAAGUAGAGCACCUGGAGUUUAAGAGAGCUCGGACGAUACAAAAAACAUCUCAUGCACAGGAUACAAGCUCCCUGUUUAAAGUGCAAAUAGCUCUUCAGGUGCUCAAUGCCUCCUUAGCUCUUGAGUUAUUAUGGCAAAUUACUGAAGUGAUGCGACAAAAUGGUGAUCUUGGAUUUCCGAGUUUAUAAAAGAAAACAAAGUGACAUUAGUGUCUGUUUGAAACAUUCAAAUGCCUUCUUCAUAGCUGUGUUAUAAUGUGCCACUGAAAUUAAGAUGUUCCCUUUUGGUUCAAAGAGGUGCUCUGGUUCUUGUCUGAUUGCUUUAAAAUCCAGAUACAUUCGAUUCCCCAGAGUCCUUCCUGUCCAAAACAAAAAUUACACAUUUAAAAGUUAACAUUGGUGUCAAGUUCAAGGUGGGCUAAAUGAGAUGUGUUAGGUCUAUGUAUCCCAUAUAUUUCAGGGCCGAUUUUCCAGCUGGCCCCUUUUAACCCAUCCUCCCUCUCUCUGUACAUUAGACAGUAUCACUCUGCUGGAAUAUGACAUGGCCCCAGGUUUACUGUGCUGUAACAUGACUUAAACGAUGUUUUGUGAAUACGCAUCAUGUAAGCACAUCAUUAGCAGAAUUAAUGAAGGUCUUAAAGGGCAAGUGAUUCUGUGAUGCACUUGAAUAACUUUUCAACACUUUCAAAAUACUUGCAGCAGAGGCUUGGAUUUAUUUAACUGUCACAUCAUAUGGGACUGCCUAUAGAGUGGGGAAAGAUUCUUAUGUCGACUUGUGACAACAUCUGACAACUUUUAUAGUCAAUUUUUUGGGGCAAGUAAAGAAGCAGGAUCUAUCUGAAGUCACUUCAUAGUGUCAGUUAAAGUUGUGUUUCAGUAAUGUGUUGUUUCAUUAAGUUGCAUUACUACAAACCAACUCAUACAGUGAACCUGGGGCGGUUGGGGGCUUUGGGCAGUUGCAUUUUUAGUUGGUAGCCUCAACAGUGUCCAUUUAAAAAAAAAAAAGGAUUUGGUUUGUUUUCAUUGAAAUGAGUCAAAGUACAAGGCAACCAACUUGUCACCGAAAGGGUAUCUCUCUCUCUCUCUCUCCCCCCCCCCCCUCCCCCAUACCACUACUUUUCAUAUUGUUCUUUCUGAUUGAGAGUUGAAACAGCUGAAAAACAUUUCAUUGAUCAAUCUUCAGUGAAAAAUUAUAUAGGCAGAUUAAUGGUGGAAAGAGCUGCAAAGUUGACACGCGGCUACGUUUCAGCCGGCUUAUUGGUUAUUAUGGACUAAUUUAAGUUUUAUUUUUAUUAUUAUUAUGACAUUGUUGUGAACCAAUUGUUGAGAUUUCACACUCGCUGUAUUUCCUCCAUGUCAAGUUUAAUGUUGACUAUUUCAUCAUGGACAAAAUGUUUGAAGUUCUAAUAUUAUUCCGUGUCUCCUCGAUGUUUUUUGCAGUGAUACUUCCUCUUGAUGCAGGCACAAUGCUGGUACAUACUGUCGCACUUUUUAGGGAAAUGAGACCCCCAUGUAAACCAUUUUAACCCACUCCCCCCGCACCCAUACACACACACACACACACACACACACACACACACACACACACACACACACACACACACACACACACACACACACACACACUGCAAAGGGAAGCGUCUAAAGUCACGGGAACAGUGACAUAAAAACACGAAGUGUAAUAUUUUGCAACAUGAGUAUCAUUCCAAUAAAGUUUUACUUGUAAAAUUCUA